CCAGAACAGGGUCUAAGGUUUCUGGGAGGACAGAAAGAGCUUGGGAAAAAUCAUGGCCGAUGAUCAACCUAAUCAACCGCGUUCCCAGUCUGAGGACCAGAGUCCCCAGCCUAGCUGCUCAGGGUACCCCUUCAAUGUGGUGGAUGAUGAAAUCCCAGGACCAUCAGCCCCCUGGGUAGACCCCCGCCCCAUGCCUGAGUCCCCCACAAGGAAGAGAGGAAGGGAUGAGUCAGAUGAGGAGACAGGCUCUGGCGCUGAGGACAUCUGGGUCGUGGAGUCACUGUGUGGCCUCAAGAUGAAGUUGAAGAGACAACGGGUGUCUUCAGUGCUCCCUGAACACCACGAGGUCUUCAAAAAGUUGCUUGACGAUCCUGUCAUUCAAAAAUUCCUGGCCUGGGACAAAAAUCUGAGCGUAUCCGACAAGGUAUCAUUGUUCUCCACUCAGAUGUGUUCUUGCUCCAACAUCUGUCCUGGGGCAGGGCGAUGCCUCCAAAACCCUGUCUCCAACCUCAUCCUGCCAACACUUCCCUAUCUCCUGUCUAUGGUCAUAGCUUACUUCAGCCGUGCUGGCCUCUUCUCCUGGCAGUACCAGCGAAUCCAUUUCUUCAUAGCCCUCUACCUGGCCAGUGAUAUGGAAGAGGAUAACCAGGCCCCCAAACAGGCCAUCUUUUCAUUCCUCUAUGGGAAGAACCGGUCCGAGCGACCCUUGUUCCACAAACUGAGAUUCCAAUUUAUACGAUCCAUGAACUGGAGGACCAGGGUGUCCCGAGAAGAGUGUGAAGAGAUCCAGGCUUUUGAUCCAGACCUAAAGAGCUUGGGAAAAAUCAUGGCCGAUGAUCAACCUAAUCAACUGCGUUCCCAGUCUGAGGACCAGAGUCCCCAGCCUAGCUGCUCAGGGUACCCCUUCAAUGUGGUGGAUGAUGAAAUCCCAGGACCAUCAGCCCCCUGGGUAGACCCCCGCCCCAUGCCUGAGUCCCCCACAAGGAAGAGAGGAAGGGAUGAGUCAGAUGAGGAGACAGGCUCUGGCGCUGAGGACAUCUGGGUCGUGGAGUCACUGUGUGGCCUCAAGAUGAAGUUGAAGAGACAACGGGUGUCUUCAGUGCUCCCUGAACACCACGAGGUCUUCAAAAAGUUGCUUGACGAUCCUGUCAUUCAAAAAUUCCUGGCCUGGGACAAAAAUCUGAGCGUAUCGGACAAGUAUCUCCUGUCUAUGGUCAUAGCUUACUUCAGCCGUGCUGGCCUCUUCUCCUGGCAGUACCAGCGAAUCCAUUUCUUCAUAGCCCUCUACCUGGCCAAUGAUAUGGAAGAGGAUAACCAGGCCCCCAAACAGGCCAUCUUUUCAUUCCUCUAUGGGAAGAACCGGUCCGAGCGACCCUUGUUCCACAAACUGAGAUUCCAAUUUAUACGAUCCAUGAACUGGAGGACCAGGGUGUCCCGAGAAGAGUGUGAAGAGGUAGGUUGGCUGGAGGGAUUUGGGGUGUGGGGCCCAAUGGGAGAGAGAGGAGGUGCAGCGAGGGACAUGGGGAUUUGGGACCAGAAAGAAUUAAGGGUUGUGUUCUCAUGGGGCCGCUUGUCUUCUAGAUCCAGGCUUUUGAUCCAGACCUGUGGGUGUGGGGGCGAGACCGCCUCACUCUGAUGCCCUAGGUCUCCUAGGGCCAUGGAGGCCUGAGGUCAUCGGCCUAAGGGAAGGUAGGUCUCUGUCCUCAUGGGUCCAGGCACAAUGAUUUCUUGUGUAAUGAGGAGAUCUGAGGAAUCCAGGAGCUGAGCC